AUGUUAGGACGUGUGGUGAUUUCUAUUAUCGGAGCCGGCUUUGCGGUUUAUUGUGUCGUUACUGCAUUUUUGACAUAUUUUGAAAAAAAUCCUGCAACUUUGCAUUUGACAAACUUUUAUCUAGUUGGAUAUGCAGCUAUAAAUGCAGUUUUUACACCUUUUGGUAUAUCAGGGGUUGUCGGGGGAUUAAGUCGUAAGAAAUCUUUAAUAAAAGCUUUCACCCGAUUUCAAUGGUGGUUGGCUACUUUCAUUCUUACCGGUUUAAAUGUAUUUAAUGUUAUACUUUCUAGAAAUGAAAAUAAUAAAAAAGGCUUCAUUGGCAGAUGUCAAAGUAAUUUCGCGAAAGGUCAACCUGAAACCGACUUUUUGGCUCGAUGCAAAAUUAAAGUUGAAGAUGCUGAACAAGCUACAUUUAUUGCUGCAUGUUCUCAGGGUGGUAUCAUGCUCUUUCUUGGUGUGAUACUAUUAAUAGUUGGCACGCGUGAAUAUAAUUCUAUAAGUUUAGAAGAGGAAACUAGAAAUCUUCUCGAAAAAGCUAAUUUCAACGAGAACGAUGAGAUAGAAGGAGGUAUAGGAGGUGGACGGUCUUCUUCUAAUUUACAACGAAAUAUUAGCGAUGCUAGUAAUGGUGGCAAUGUUGAUGGAAGAUAUCCUUCUAAUAAUGUAAAAAAUAUUAGACGUCAGCCUUCUAAUAUAGCUCAAACUGCUGCAAUUACAAAUAAUAUGAACGCUAUACAACAAUCAGGCCUAAGAAGACAUCCGACAGAACCUAGCUCAAUGCCUUCUUCUCGUGUAGGAAGGAAUCAAGCAGAAUCAAGUUUCAUGUCUCCAUCAUAUACAAGUUUAGCUAGAAAUACAACAAAUCCUGGGAGUCUUCCAUCAAACAGAUAUAAUGGUAUUACGCGUUAUCCAACUAAUCCAUCUAAUGGUACUAAUAUUUCUGCAAAUAGAGUAAAAGUAACGCGUCAACCAACGAUCGGUAAUGCAUAUGUUUCAAUGAAUUAUGCUGGAGCUCCACAGACAACAUAUCCUAUAGUUCCACAACAUUCCCUCUCAACGAAACGUUACGUGAGUCCGCCACCCCCAUAUGUAGUUCAUCCUUCACAACAAAUUAUCGUUCCGAUAACUAAAGAUUAUCAUGAUGACCCUUAUAGUUUUCAAACAGACCCACGUUACCACAUUUAA